UUCACCACAGACGUGCAGCUAUGGCCCCCUUUUCAAUAACUAUGCUCAUCUGGUUUUCACUUCUUUUUGGGUCCAGUGUGUGUGAAGAAUUCUGUGCUUCCAAAGAAAAUGGCAAUUAUGGGAACCCUGGUGACCCCCACUCAUUUAUUACAUGUGCUAAUGGGUACAACUUCAUAACAAAAUGCCCAUCAAAUUUGAUCUACAAUACAACAAGUAACCUUUGUGAUUUCUCCACAGAAGAAACCACUGGUUGUAAAAUCUCAGAUCAGUUCAAGCCUAAUGGCCUCUACAAUAACCCAGAUGACGCCAACUCUUUCAUUAUGUGCUCCAAUGGAAACGUUUUCAUCAUUAACUGCCCUACAGGUCUGGUCUACAAUGUCCAGAAUCAGCAGUGUGAAUUUCAGACCACCUCUUUUUCAACAUCUAAAGCAGUAACAUCUUCAACCACUUUAUUCACAACAACUGCACCCUCUAGUGAACAAUCAUUAUCUGCCACAAUUACUACAAUGCCUCCAGUAACUUCUACCAAAAUUGCAAAGUUUCCUUUAUCUUCAACGACAAGUGUUAAUCUCUUUUCACUGAGUUCAUCAUUGAUGACCAGCACUCCAGCUUUAACCACUUCAGCUACCACGGUGGUCAUAAGCUCACAAACAACUGCAGGAUUGCCUUCCUCAUCACAUACUUCAUUGAUACAGCCAUCAACAAAUAUAGAAACAGCAACUGCUGCUUUAGUAAGUACACUCAACACAAAAACUACACCAUCAAUGACAACUAUAACGACUCCACCCAAAACUUCACCGUUGACUUUUAAUUCAUCAACGUUACGUUUUUCAAGCAUGCCAUCAUCAACACAAUCAUUAUCAAAUAUGCCAGACAUUAAUAUGCCUUUAAGUACAAUCAACACAAAAGACAUUACAUUGCCUGUUACUACAGUAGUCUCUUCAACAUCAUCAGCUGGAGAUACUCAACCAGAAGACACAUCACCACAUAGAAAUUCAACACCAUCUCAAUCUGCAUUAGUCUCAAGACAUUCAACCUCAAUUUCACCUUUUUCAUCUACUCUUGCUUUGGUCACACCUCAAACACUGCCUUUCACUUCAACAACUCAGACCACUACAUCUACAGCAUCAAGAUUAACAUCAGAUUUAUCAACUGUACCUUCAACAAAUAUCACUUCAUCAAUGUUAUCUUCACCACAUUUGUUAUCCUCUGUUGUGCCUAUAGGUACAGCAUUCACUGUGUUAUCUUCAAGCAAAACAGUCUCUAUAUCACCAUCAACAACAGCAGUCAAUAUUACAUCAAGAGAAGAUACAUCUCCACCUGUAUCUUAUCCAACAGAUUUCAGUUUUUCAGUUUCAACCUUAUCUCAUUCUGCAACUUCAAAUUCCUCAACUGUCAAUGUAGGAAUUUCAGCCACAUCAUCUGUGGCAGGCAUGUCUUCAUCAGCACCUAGUUCAUCAACUUUAACCACUAAAUUUUCAAAUUCAGAACUGAUAUCUGAUUCAUUAUCUGCAAUUUAUUUAAGUAUAACUUCAUCAAUUCUAUCAUUAAAGAUGCCAAUCACCACUUCGCCAUUACAUACAACUAGCACAAUGGCUACUGCAUCAUCUGACUUUACACCAGUCUCUUUAUCAUCAUCAGCUAUUACUCAAGCAGCUGAUAUGUCAUCACAUACAGCUUCAUCACCUGUUUCUUCUGAACUAGCCAAAAGUUUUCAAGAUCAACCUUCAUCAGCCUCUACAAUUUCACCUUCAGUGACUAUCAGUGAGGAAACCUCUGAAACACUAUCAAUUGUGUACAGUUACUCAACACUAAUCAAUACAUCUACAACUUUAGGGAUGAUUUCUGAUUUUUCAGCAGUAGAUUCUAAAAGUAUCACUACAUCAGUGUUACCUUCAUCAAACAUAUCAACUACUGUUCUGCCUUUAGGCACCACCAACACUAAAGAUACAAUGUCAUCUGACAGCAAAACUGUUCAAACAUUGCAAUCAACCAUUAGUAUUCAAGAAAAUAAUGCAUCACCACCUGAUUCUAAUCAUACACCUGCCAGUUCUACAACUUUAAUUUCAGCAUCAUUACCAGCUUCCCAUUCUUCAAAUGCCAAUGUAAUAACUUCAACUACAGCAGGAUCAACCUUCAAUUCAUCAAUUCCAGUAAAUAAAACUGCAUCAUCAGGGCUGAUUACCGAUUCAUCAGAUCCAGUAACCUCACAUAUACCUUUAUCAAUGCUUUCAUUAUCAAACAUGUCAAUCAGUGCUGUGUCGUUAAAUACUACCAACACAAAAGCCACAAUAUUAUCUAAUUUUACAAAAGUCCACUUGUCAUCAACAGCCAAUAUUCAUAAAGCAGAUUCUUCAUCUUUUAAUGCAGUAGCCUCAGCUCAGUCAUCAAGUAUAUCUAUGACAAGUUCAGUUUCAUCAUUAACUUCUAGUGCACCAACUCUAACUACUACAUUCUCAAUAUCAGAAUCAAUUUCAGCAAUUUUUAGUAUCACUUCAUCACCUCAGUUAUCAUCAAGUAUGUCAUCUAUUGCUGAUCCUCUAAAUACAACCAAUAACCAAGCUGCAGCAUUAUCUAGCUUCUCAACACUUUUUUCUCCUUCAACAGCUAACAUUGCUUCAACAUCAUCCAUUUCUGGUUCACACUCUUUAGCUUCAACUGCCUCCUCAUUUGCUAUGUUACAUUCCUCUUCAAACACUGCAGUCAAAUUAUCCACACGUCCAAGUACAUUUAUGACCAGUGCAUCUGCAUCUUCAGUUUCCAGUUUGUCAACUGAAACUACACUGACAAAUUCUAGACUGAUUUCUGAUUCGUCAACUGCAUCUUCAGGUAUCACAUCAUCAUUGUUAUCAUCAAGCAAAUCAACAACUGUGGUACCUUUAAGUACAACCAACAUAAAAGCCACUGCACUAUCUGCCACAACAGCAGUCUCUUCCUUAUCAGUGACCCACUUUAUUCAAGCAAAUAAUCCAUCAUUAGAUACAAAUUCACCACCUGAUUCUUCCUAUAAAGUUACAAGUUCUUCAGGGUCAAAUGUAUUGUCUUUUGCAAGUUUGCGUCCUUCAGCUGUUAAUAUAGUACCAUCUACUACACCAUUAGGUUACACGGUGUUAGGAGCAUCUUCAUCACUGGCUUCCAUUUCAUCAGAUCUGACUACUGCUGGUGCAACCAAAACAAAAGGCACUACAUUAUCUUCUAUUAUAAUAGCUCCUUCUUCACCAUCAACUUCCACUACUAAAGCAAGUAAUAAAUCACUAAGUACCUCUUCACCACUUGAUGCUUUUCAGUUGCCUACCAGAUCUUCAGAUUCAAUUUUAACAUCCCCUCCAAUUUCGUCUUCAUCAGCAGUCAAUGAAGUAACUUCACCCUUGUCAUCAACUAUAUUUAUAACAGAGGAAUCUUCAUUACCACGUUCCCUCAGUACCAAAACUACUACUUUAUCUACCACAGUCAUAAACUCUUCAUUGUCUUCAAACUACAAAGUUCUUAUGGACAAUACAUCACAAAUUACAACUUCAUCAUCUGCUUCUGCUUCAUCAGCAACAAGUUCUCCAGCAGUAACCUCAUCAGUUUCUUCAAAAUCAACACUAUCUUCUGCAAAUAAAAACAGAAUAACUGUCUCCAAGCCAACAGAUAUAUCAGGAACAACAUUCUUUUCAACUCCAGUUUCCAGUUUAUCACAUCCAUCUACAGUAGCAGGAUCUGCUGCAAUUACUACAAGUUUCACAUCAUUCACACUUCCUUCAUCCAGCAUGAAGGCAACCACAUUGCCAACAACUGCCAGUGGCAUAAACACUAUGAUGGCUACUUCAGCUGUUUCUUCUUAUUCAAUAGUCAAAACAUUGUCACCUAGUGUUUCAAACAAAAAUGACUCAUCUCCAUUAAGAAAUACUUCUGCAUCAUUGCUGAGUCUUUCCUCAGUUUCAGAUCACUCCUCCACGGAUGGCACAUUUCAACAGUUACUACCCUUUUGGGCCAUUAUCAUUAUCACCUUUGGAAUAAUUCUGAUAAUAAUUUUUUUACUACUGUUUUUGUUGUCUAGUGAAUACUUCAGAAGGAUCUGCUGCCGGGACCCAUUGCAAUUCCAACAUUAUUUUGCCAUAAAUGUGUAAUUUUUUUUUUCUUUUGCAUGAAUGGUAAUGGCAUGAAAGUCAUGUUGCAGUCUGUCUUUAGUUUCCUUGAACACCCAUUAUUAGCUCUUUAUUUGUAAACAAACUUUGCUUUUUUCUAAUGUUUCUUAAAGCACUUUUUGAGAAUGU